GGAGCUUCACUUUGUCUUCCAGAAACAAACCCAUCACGUCAACAGCUCCAGCAUCUGCCCAAACUCUGUGCACAGCUGCUGCUUGAUGGAUUUGCUGUUGAGCUUGUAGAUGGAGAUGCAUCCAACAUACCUCUCAGAUGGGUGAGUGAUGUUCUGUCUCAGCUCAAUGAGAUGGUGUCUCCUAAGAACAAGGUUCUGGUCGUCACAGUUCUUGGAGUUCAGAGCACAGGAAAGUCCACUCUGCUCAACACCAUGUUUGGAGUUCAGUUUGCCGUCAGCAGCGGUCGAUGCACUCGAGGUGCUUUCAUGCUGCUCAUCAGAAUCAAUGAGGAUGUUAAAACAGUCCUCAACUGUGACUUCAUGGUGAUCAUUGACACUGAGGGCUUGAAGUCACCAGAACUUGCACAACUCGAUAACAGCUAUGAACACGACAACGAGCUGGCAACACUUGUUGUGGGUUUGAGUGACAUCACUAUUGUCAACAUCGCUAUGGAGAAUUCAACAGAUAUGAAAGACAUUCUGCAGAUAGUGGUUCACGCUUUUCUCAGGAUGAAAGAGGUCGGUAAAAAACCUAAAUGCCAGUUUGUUCACCAGAAUGUUUCAGAUGUUUCAGCUCAUGAGAAGAACUUAGGAGACAGGAAACUGUUGGUGCAACAGUUAAAUGAAAUGACCCAGGCAGCAGCCAGGAUGGAAAAGAAAGAGAAGAACAAGAGCUUCACUGAUGUAAUGGAGUAUGAUCCAGACACUGGGAACUGGUACAUUCCUGGACUCUGGAAUGGAAACCCACCAAUGGCUCCAGUCAACGCAGGCUACAGCGAAGCUGUUUAUGACCUCAAGAAAAAUGUGAUCCAGUUACUGGGGAAUCAUCAGUCAUCAGGUAACAAUAUCAUGGAGUUUACAGAGUGGAUCAGAAGCCUGUGGAAUGCAGUUAAACAUGAAAACUUCAUCUUCAGCUUCAGAAACAGUCUAGUAGCUGAUGCGUACAUGAAGCUCUGCACAGAGUUCAACAAAUGGGAAUGGGAAUUCAAAAAGGACAUGUACACAUGGGUCACACAAGCUCAAACAAGGAUAUCUAACUUUGGUACAGUUGCUGCAAAAUCUGAGAUGUCUGACAUCAGAGAACUUCUAACAUCUUUAAAAACUGAAUCUUGCACUAAACUGAUUUACUGGGAGAAAAAGCUUCUGGACAAUCUGACAUAGUACUUUGAGCAGACAGAGGGUCACGUCUAUCUGGUUGAAGGAUACAGAGAAGAAUUUUCAAACAGUGCAAAGAGCCUUCGAAAAGAAAUAGAGAACUCUGUGUUUAAUCAGCUCACAGCAGCAGCUGAAAUCAAACAGGGAAUGAGAGAAGUUGACAAAAUCAAGAAGAACCACACAAAAGAAAUAGAAAAAGCAGUGAGUUCACUGAUUGAUGAAUGUCAGAAGAAAAAUGUCCAGAUGACAAAUAAAGAACUGG